UCUAAUCACUUUUUUUUUUUUAAAUUUUUUUUUCUCAAAAACAAAUUCAAAUAAACUCAAAUAUAUUCCAGCCAAAAACACGUUCUUCUUUUUUUAUUUUAUUUUUAUUUUUCAUUUUUAUUUUCCCCACAAAAACAUGGUUCUCAAAAUGAUCCCUUUAAUCCAAUCCAUUACAAUACUAUCAAAUCAAGCUCAAACUCCCACAUUCUUUUUUCCAUUCCUUAUUUUACUAAUUAUCUUCUUAAUUAUUUUUUUAAUCAUUUUAGAGUCUUCGCUUUCUAUCAUUUGUUCUAAUCUUUCUCGAUGGAUGUUUAUAUUCUCAUCUAAAUUGAAAUCCAAAUCCUACCGCUCAUCUCAAUCUCAAUCUCAAUCUCAAUCUCAAUCUUUUUUUUUUGUGGUUUUUUUUUCCAAAUUUUUGUUUUUUUUUUCAUGAUGUUAUAAAUAAUAUUGAUUCGAUUAGUUUGCGAAGAAAGAAAGGAACCCUAGGUUUUCGAUCGACAGCGAUCUAGGGUUAGGUUUCUAAUGGAGAUCGGAGAAGAGGGGAGGAAACCGCCGGAGAAGUCGCCGGAGAUGGUGGAGGAGAAGCCUUUGAAGAGGAAGAUGAAGAGCCCUUAUCAAUUGGAGGUUCUUGAGAAGACCUAUGCUGUGGAGAUGUACCCUUCGGAGACGUUGAGGGCAGAGUUGUCGGCCAAGAUUGGACUUUCCGAUCGGCAGCUGCAGAUGUGGUUUUGUCAUCGGAGGCUCAAGGACCGUAAACUCCCGCCGGUGAAGAGGCCAAGGAAGGAUAAGGUGGAGGGCGAUAUGGCUUCAGGAUCGGGGUCUAGUCCUAAUACUUUAGUGGAGGCGAGGAAAGGUGGUGUUAUAAAGUCGGGAGGUAGGAUUAUGACUGAUAUGUCGGCUGUGAAUUUGGAGAGGAGGUACUAUGAUUCAAUGGCAAUGAGACCAUCAUCUCAGCCACAACACCUGUCAGCUGUUGAAAUGCGAGUAAUUGCAGCUGUGGAGGUGCAGUUGGGAGAGCCUCUGAGGGAGAAUGGACCAAUUCUUGGGAUGGAGUUUGAUCCUUUGCCUCCUGGUGCAUUUGGAGAGCCCAUAGAAUCUGACACUCCAGCAGUUUUACCACAUGGGCAUAGUGCAACUCAUCAAUUUUUGGAUAGGCUUGAAAAUUCAGGACGAUUGAAGCAGUCUGUUCGGUCAUAUGAUGCAAACCUUUUUGAUAGGCAUGAUGGGAAAUCAAAGAAGGCAUCUUUCUUGCCAAGUAUGGAACAUUCUGUUUUUUCAACUUCAUCAGGUGGUAAGAGAAAGGUGCCAUCUGGUGUUCUUCUAGGUCAUCCUCAAGAGGGUACAAGGGCGCUUCAGGAAUAUAAAUUUCUUCCAGAGCAACCAAGUGUCCGUGGAGAUGCCUAUGAAAGAGUCUCCCAGCCUCACUACUAUGACUCUACUAUGGAAGCUCCAAAUACAAGAGUGUCAUCUUUACCUAUAGAAAGGCAAUUUACACAUGGAAAGGAACAGCUGACUCCAAGUUAUAUAUUCCAAGGCCAGAUGUCUAAUUCUAACCUUUCUCAACAUGGGAGGCAGCAGCUGUAUGGUUCAAGUCCAACAGACUAUGACAAUGCUCAACACAGUAGAUCUUAUAUAGAUCCAGCAAUUGAUCCAGAACAAGGUAUCCAUUCAGUUGUAGGAAUAGAAAAUGCAUCUGAUAGAAGGAUUUGCCAUGAUGAAGAUGCUUCUCGGAUGUCAAGAAAACGCAAGAGUGAAGAAGCAAGAAUAGCUAAGGAAAUUGAAGCCCAUGAGAAACGGAUUCGAAAGGAGCUUGAAAAACAGGACAUUUUGAGAAGAAAGAGAGAGGAGCAAAUGCGUAAGGAAAUGGAGAGACAUGAUCGAGAGAGAAGAAAAGAAGAAGAGAGGUUGAUGCGUGAAAAGCAGCGAGAGCUUGAAAAAUACCAACGGGAGGAAAUACGGGAAAACAAGCGCAAGGAGAAGGUUUUGCUGAAAGAGUCUAUCAAGGCUGAGAAGUUGAGACUGAAAGAAGAGAUGAGAAGAGAGAAGGAGGCAGCAAAACUUAAAGCUGCUAUUGAGAGGGCUACAGCUCGUAAAAUUGCGAAAGGACAUACGGAGCUUGUUGAGGAUGAGCAUCUAGAACUAAUGGAGUUGGCUGCAGCAAGCAAAGGUUUACCCUCAGUUAUUACCCUAGACAGUGACACUUUGCAACAGCUCGAUGUGUUCAAAGAUAUGUUGAGCCCAUUUCCUCCUGCAUCGGUACCUCUAAAAAGGCCCUUUGCUAUACCUCCUUGGGCUAACUCUGAGGAAAACAUUGGGAACCUUCUUAUGGUGUGGAAGUUUUUGAUCACAUUUGCUGACUUUCUUGAGCUCUGGCCUUUUACUCUUGAUGAGUUUGUUCAAGCUCUGCAUGAUUAUGAUUCAAGGUUAUUGGGAGAAGUACAUGUAGCUCUUUUGAAAUCUAUCAUUAAAGAUAUCGAGGAUGUUGCAAGGAUUCCAUCUAUGCCAUCAGGUACCAGUCAAACCUGUGCAACUAAUCCUGGAGGUGGUCACCCACAUAUUAUUGAAGGGGCAUAUUCAUGGGGCUUUGAUAUACGCAGUUGGCAGUGCCACUUGAAUUUCAUGACAUGGCCUGAGAUACUUAGACAAUUUGCUUUGUCUGCUGGAUUUGGGCCCAAAUUGAGAAAAAGGAAUGUUGAGCGCACAUAUUUUCUUGAUGAGAAUGAGGGUAAUGAUGACAAAGAUGUUAUAACUACUUUGCGGAGUGGUGCGGCAGUUGAGCAUGCUGUUGCUUUGAUGCAAGAAAAAGGCUUUACUCAUCAACGGAGGUCUCGGAACCGUUUGACUCCUGGAACAGUAAAGUUUGCCGCAUUUCACAUCCUUUCUCUUGAGGGAAGCAAAGGGCUAACCAUAUUGGAAGUCGCAGACAAGAUUCAGAAAUCUGGAUUAAGGGAUCUCAGAACAAGCAAGACACCAGAGGCAUCUAUUGCUGCUGCACUUUCAAGAGAUACAAGACUUUUUGAAAGAACAGCUCCUUCAACCUAUUGUGUCCGCCAACCUUACAGAAAGGACCCUUCUGAUGCUGAUGUAAUACUGUCAGACGCCAGGGAAAAAAUACAGGUUUUCCAAAAUGGACUUUCUGAUGGUGAAGAAGCUGAGAAAGAUGUGGAGGACGCAGAGAGAGAUGAGGAUUCUGAGUGUGAUGGUGAUGAGGAUCCUGAAGUAGAUGAUAUGGGUGUGGAAGUAGAACCAAAUCCUGAAUUUCCUUCUUCAAAUGACUUAGUAGGUGCAAAAGUAAAUUAUUCAUUGGAUGCUGGUAAAGGUGAGGCUACAUGUGAUGCGGUAGAUCCACAAAAUGGGUUGAUGAACAUUGAGAAAGGAUUUUCAUUACAAUCUCGGAAGAAGUCAAAAGAUAUGACUUCAUCAAAUACUCUGCAUGAAGAGUCUUUUGAUAACGUUUCAAAUUGCCAUGAAGGAAACAAUCCUAAUCAAGACAACUUGGAGGUUGACGAAAGCAACUGUCAGCCAUGGGUUCAGGGAUUAACUGAGGAUGAGUAUUGUGACCUUAGUGUGGAGGAGCGCCUUGAAGCUCUUGCUGCUCUAAUUGGUGUGGCUAUUGAGGGAAACUCAAUUCAUGCCAUUCUUGAGGAGCGGUUAGAAGCAGCAAGUGCUCUUAAGAAGCAAAUGUGGGCAGAGGCACAACUUGAUAGAAGGCGUGUAAGAGAAGAAUAUGCAAGCAGACACCAAUAUUCUUCUGUGAUGGGCUACAAAGUUGAGAUGCCCCAAAUGAAUGCUGCAACAGAGGGGAAUCCUCUUGAUGAUGAUGAUAAUAAGGGUGAUGAUGGGAAUUCUGACACUAUGAAUAAUGGCCAAUUUAUGAUUCCACCGAAUCCAGGUAAUGUCAAUAAUAUUCCGAGUGAGAAAAAUGUACCAGAACAAGAAUGUCCAGCAAAUGCAGACAUCAUUCUACCUCUGUCACAUGGAUACACUGCAGAAUCACGCUCCCAGUUGAAAUCAUACAUUGGUCAUAAGGCAGAAGAGAUGUAUGUAUAUCGGUCCUUACCCUUAGGCCAAGACAGAAGGCACAACCGGUACUGGCUGCUUUCAACUUCAAUGUCUCGAAAUGAUCUUGGUUCAGGAAGGAUCUUUUUUGAAUCUAGAGAUGGAUUUUGGAGACUGAUUGAUUCUGAAGAGGCAUUUGAUGCUCUUCUUGCUGCAUUGGAUGCUCGUGGAGUUAGGGAAUCACAUUUGCUUGCAAUGCUACGUAGAAUUGAGACAACCUUCAAAGAAACAAUCAGGAGAAAAAAUCAUACCAAUGCAGUGGAACCAGUUGGGGAUCUUUGCAAGAAAGGAACAACUGAAAUGGCUUCCAGCUCUGAUUGUAGUGUAGAAUUUGAUAGCCCAAGUAGUACACUUUGUGGUCUUAAUUCAGAUCCACAUGAGCACUCAUCAUCCUUUAGAAUUGAACUUGGUCGGAAUGAAGUUGAGAGGAAUGCUGCUCUGAAAAGAUAUCAAGGUUUCCUAAGCUGGAUGUGGAAAGAAAGCUAUAACCCUUCUGUGUUAUGUGCUAUGAAAUACGGGAAGAAAAGAUGUCCUGAAUUGCUCCGAACUUGCCAAUUGUGCUACCUAUCUUACCUUGCUGAUGAAAGACAUUGUCCUUCUUGUCACAAAACAUUUAAGAGCAUGCAUGAUUCUGAUACUUACUAUUGUCAGCAUAUAAGACAAUGUGAAGAGAAGCAGGUAAAUGAUCCAGAUUGGAAAAUCUGUUUGUCAGAUUGUACCCCUAUCAGAAUUCGGCUUCUGAAGGCACAGAUGGCACUGGUUGAGGCUUCUAUACCUGCAGAAGCACUUCAGCCGUUUUGGACUGAGAGUUGUCGAACAUCCUGGGGUGUAAAGCUGCAAUUAUUAUCAUCUGCUGAUGAUCUUUUCCAGGUUCUAACUUUGUUGGAGGGUGCAAUAAAGCGUGGCUUCCUGUGUUCGAGUUUUGAAACAACAGAAGAGCUGCUAAAUUCAACACCUGAUCUCCCACAUGACCCUUCUGCUGCUCUUUCUGGACCAGUUCCUGUUCUUCCAUGGAUACCAGAAACUACAGCCGCAGUGGCUUUUAGGCUUCUGGAUCUUGAUGCAUCUAUUUUGUACGCGCUAAAGCAGAAGUCAGACUUCCAUAAAGAAAAAGAAGCUGCUGGCAUUAUUAAGCUUCCAUCAAGAUAUGUAGUUGUUAAGAAUGUUCCAGAGGCAGACCUGACAGAAACUCCAGAGCUUGUACGCUACCAAAGAGAAGUUGGCUGGUUUGACUCUGGCAGCAGACGAAGAGGUCGUGGACGAGGCAGCCGAAGUAGGGGUGGAAGCCGAGGUCGUGGUCGGGGUAGGGGACAAAGGGUAACUGGUGUUUCUUCCAGAAUGGAAUUUCUUGAGGAGAGAAAUGUUCAUAAUUAUGCGAAAACCACAAGAAAAUAUACCAGAGCCAGGACACGUGGUCGUGGUCGUGCACGGGGCAAGCGUACUGUUAGGUCCUGGCAGAGACCAGGCAGUAGGAUACCGGUUGCAAAAACGACUCCAUUGAACCAUUUUAAUGACAUAGAAACUGGUGCUAUUGAUGAAAAUAUUGAAGAGUCACCACAAAGCUUGGAACGAGAUGAAUGGGUUCUUCAAGAAAGAGGAGCUUAUGCUGAAGCUGAUGAAUCUGAAGACCAAGGUCAAGCUUCAGAGGAUGAGUAUGAUGAUGACCAACCAAUGGACUUCAAUGGAGGCUAUGGUUCAAGAAAGCCCAUAGGAUUAAUGGAUAAUGAAAGUGAAUCGGAGGAUGGAGAUGAAGAGGCAGAGGGCGAUGAUGGGGUACGGUACGAGCAUGAAGAUGUGGGACCUGUUGAGGAUGAUGAGGAGGAGGAAGAAGAGGAGAUCGAAGAUUAUCAAGACGGAAUAGGGGAAAUUGACAGAAAUGGUGAUGAUGAUUAUGGAGCAUCAUCUUAUUCUUCAGAUUACAGUGGCUAGAGAUGAUUAUCCUUCGGCCGUUCCUACUUUAGACUUUGAAGGGAAGUGUGAGCAUGACAAGCCAUCCCAGUUCCUAUUCUUUGUAAAUAUUCUGGCGGCAUUUGGGUAUUGGUGGUGGUGAUGAAGACAAUAUAUUUAUAUAUAUAUAUAGAAAUAUAUUGGGGCAGUUGUAAGCCAGUGAUCUGAAAUUUUCUUGAAAAUCAUUGGACAAGAUGGGCUUCAGGUUACAGGUGUUCUAUUUCUUUCCUGAAAUCAUCUUGAUAGGGUUCUUGGCAAAGGGAGGAUUCAAAUGUGGUCUUCACCUGGUUGUGUUAAAUUUUUUGUUUAUAUUUAGAUCAUCUGAUGUUUGGGAAUAGAACUCUGCAUGAGCUUGCCUCAGUUAAUAUUUUACUGACAUGUAGGAUGGAUUAGUAAUCCCUGUGAUGUGCUCUCCAUAAUUAUCUGUAUCUAAUUUCAUUAUAACAAAUUGGCUGACCUUUCAUAAUGGCUUCUUGGCUUGAAUUUAUCGAUCA